AUGCCCACAGGUGAAGACAUUCUCAGUGGUGACUUCAUCGAAGUCUGUAUCAAUACAGAAUUGGGAGAAGAUGAGUUGCACAAAUUCUCCUACGUCGAACAUAUAUUCAAACCAGCACACCAACUCUUUAUCGAAACUGAAAUAACACUCACACAAAAUAUGUCCAUCUCAUUUAAAUCCAAAUCAGGACGUCCAUACAGAAUUUGGAUGAACUACGUCCUCCUCCACUACGCCGACGAUGACGAAGAAGAGGAAGAAGAGGAGGAGGAAGAAGAAGAGUCCUCCGAAUUCACACCAGAAGACGAACAAUUUUCCGAAUAA